UAGAAUUUGUAUAAUCCUCGAAAGGCUUCGGAACCCAAACCCAACAGGCGGUGGAGGUUUUGGUAGUAGAGGAGGGGCUGGUAGUGCCGCCAGAGCCAAUCCAGCGCCCCACCUAGCUCCAGCAGGCGGUUUUGGUGGGCAACCACGCCCAGCAGCUCCUCAACCUCAUCCAGGCCCAGUUGGAGGAGGUGGCUUUGCUGCAGGAAGACCUCCACCUGCUGCUGGUGCAGGCCCUGGACAUCUUGGCACUGGCACAGGCCUUGGUUCCGCUUCACGUGGUUCCUCCUUCAAAACAGCUCUGGCAGGUGCAGCAAUUGGUGCUGUAGGAGGAGUGUUAGCCUUUGAAGCAGGAAAGGCAAUAAUUAAAUCAAUGGAUAGACCCAUGCAUUAUGACAAUAAAGAUUACUACUUUGGUCAAGAAUAUGUUAAGAGAGGUCCAGAUGAUCAUAUCUGCAGUUAUGAUUAUCAAGAGUUAAUGAAGCAAACAGCCCCGCCGGCAGGCGAUGCUACAGUAAACGCUACAGCUGAGGAGAAUAAUAAAGCUUUGGCUCAAAUUGUUUGGGCCUGCAAAAAGUGGGAGCAAUGCUGUGGGAUGGAUUGCUGCCCAAUGCCACAAUCAGUAUCUAGGACAGAAAAUAAUAAAUCCUCUGCCCUUUCUACUCUCGGAAAAGUUUUGUUAAUCAUCACGCUGGUUUCACUCCUAUUUUGCUGCUGUUGCUUUGUAAUUGUGUAUAAAUUUUUCCGGUCGGCUUUUGAUAGUCUAUUUUCUCGUGAUAGUAACAAUUCUUAUGACUCUUCCAAAUAUGAAAAUAAUACUGUAAAUUCUAAUAUGAUGCCUGCUCAACAACCAAACAACCCUGUCCAACCUGUCCAAGCUCAAAGCUAUCCAAUGCACCCAUAUCCUAACCAACCUUCACAACAACCUGGUGGUGUAGUAUAUACUUCUCAACCUUCAAAUCCUCCAGCAUAUCCUGCAUAUCCACCCGCCCCAGGCUAUUAUGAUUCCCAACAACAAAAAUAUUAA